UCUACUCCGAAAACCCUCAACGAUAUCGAUGAUGAACGAAAAAAAUCAGACUUCAGGAGGUUGAAGAAGUUACUGCGUUACGAAGAAAUAAGUGACGUGCUGUGGACUGUGUCCGAAGUUAUAGUAAUUUCCCUCCUGAGAAGAAACCUUUUGGUGUGGAAUGUGGCCUCAUGGUUUUUAAGCCAUUUUUUUGAUUGCGGUAGCUAUGCACGAGAGGUUGCCACUGAUUGGUAAGUUUGACGCGGAUGUUCAUGUUGUACUUGUAGUAUUCCUACUACGAGGAUUUUGUAUGUGUAUGUCUAUGUCUAGAUGGUAGACGGUGUUCUUCAGCAACUGAAAUUAUGAAAGACAAGAUGUGGCCCUUCAGCCGCAAGAAGGAGAACAAGGAUGGGGAGAAUAAGCCCUGGCGGGCGAGGUUCAACGAGAGUGGGAUGGAUAUGUACUACAACAAGCUGGGUGGACACGUGGGCAGGCGGAAGAAAUGCGAAAUACACUUGCAGACAUGCUACCCCCGGCACCUCCGUCAGCGAGCGAACUUCAGUUAUGACAGUCAGCGAUGUCAAUGUAUCCACAUCAAGCAAAUGACGCCACUAUGGUUCUGUGUCGAUUAUAGUAGUGCUUCACAUACUGCACACGAGGCAAUGACCGGGGACAAAACCAAACAAGAUUCGAGUUUUCAUGUUUUAGAGUUCGAGGAAGACUUCUUCUGAGGACAUUUUCCUGACUUGUCUAAUAUAGAAGCAGACGGAGCUGCAGCCUGGAGGUGGAUCUUCAAAGAGUGAAGUGAAGGUGGAACAUCGGCAGACGGGCAAGGGAUAUCAGCAAUUUAUGAUUUGGUUCUCGUUUUGAUCGGAGGUGAUCAACUUUAAUUUACCUCAAGAAAGGUGCAGGUACUUUAUGAAGUAUUGGUCAAUCUGCCGUUUUGAGAAUUAGGUGCUUAGUGCCCAAAAUCAUGCUGGUAAAAAUAACGAAGAUUAAGAUCACAUCGUUCAUUUCAUGAGAAAAUAAUCAGUUUUUGUCGUUGUGAUGUGUACAACGCAGAAGUCGAGGAAUAGAGAUUUGGCGUCUUUAUCUGGUCAUCAGCAUCAUGAUUAUCAUCAACUUGAUCAUUCUCGUCAACUGUUUCGUGCUCACUCCCAUCAUCUUCAUCUAUGAUGAUCAUCAUGCUUAAGCUUAGGGUUUUGCAGAAUUUCACACUGCAUGUUGCCUACUUCGUUUGUAAUCUACUGAGUGUGAGAGUGGACCGCCAGGAUUUGGUUUGAACUGCUGGGCGAUAAAAAGCCAUUUUUUCGAGAAUUAGAGACUUUUGCUCGAGAUCUGAAAAUGUGAUCCUCAUCCUCAUUACUCCUUUGAAAGAGAUAGAAUCGCUCACAGCUUUUUGAAUCCUCAACAAAACGUGCCUUGAAAUUGAACGAUAGAGUUCGUAGUUCUUAUGCGGAUCAAGAGGGAAUGGGAAUCUGAAGAUGACCUUCAUCAAUGGAUACCAAGAGCAAGACUAAGCAGGUCUUGUGAUAUGGGAAAAAGCUGAUCACAGUUACAUUAAUAGUUACUAUGCUGUCGAAUACUAAAUACAGCAACUUGAACUUAUCAACCCUAAGCAUGAGUGUGGCCUUUUUCUACUGUACUUCUCACUAAGUUUGGAAAACGAGGAUUAGAUUUAUUUUCUACAAGGAAAGAGUAAGAGGCCUCAGAGGUAGCCUCGGUGGUAAUCUAAGUAGACCAGUAUUAUCGUGCAUUGGCCUCUGCUACGCGCUAGCCCUCGCUCUGCAUGAGUACUACAGGCACUUAAAUGAGCUGGAAAUGAACGAGCAGAAGUCUUACCCGUCACCUUUUUUUCUUAGCUUGGAGGCAUAAUCGUUUAUCAUUGAUGCUGUUGAGGCUUUCUUUUGCUUCAUCACUUUAGUAGUAGCAGAUGUAGUGCUGGUUGAGAUGCUGAUGCAUUACAUCGCAAGAAAAAUAACAUAAACUGUCGUUGUCACCAUUCACUAUGUGAGGGCUACUUCAACCUAUCGAAAGUGGUCCACCAGAAUUUAAAUUGAAUUGCGAGGCGAUAAAAAACCAUUUUUCGAGAACUGGCGAAUAAUCUGGGCUCGAAUCAGCCCAUCAUCCACCCGCAUCUUUUUGCUCAUCAUCAUUUUGAAAGAAAAAUGCCGCUUCCAUUUUUUUGCCUCCUGC